AUGGGUUUGGGCAAGCAAAACCCGGUGGGUUUCGUCCUCGUUGCCAUCUUGACCCUCGAACGAUCGGCGAACCUAAGGGGUGACUGCUUCACCAUCCGGUGCGACAUCAUGGUUGUCCACGACACCAAGGGCGGCGGCGGCGAGGCGCUCCUGCCCGACAUACACCGGCAUUUCGGCGAUCUCUUUCAAACCAAUGUGGGUGCUGAUGUGACGUUCGAGGUCGGUGGCGAGACGAUCGCUGCACACAGAUGCGUGCUUGCAGCCCGAUCUAACGUCUUCAGGGCACAGCUCUUUGACCCCAUGAAGGAGGGCAGUACUGCUACUACAUCCAGUGUCAUACGGAUCGAAGACAUGGAAGCAAGCAUAUUCAGAGCCUUGCUUAGCUUUGUCUACACAGACUCAUUCCCUGCGAUGCACGAGGAUAGCAUGGAGGAGGACAAAAUGUCACACGUUGUGGAGCAUGGACAAGGAGAGGAAGCUGCAGAAGACAAAAUGCCAGAAGCUGCGGAACAAGGACUAGGAGAGGAAGCAGUAGAGGAUGAAACGCGCGUGCAAUGGCUGCAGGACUUGUUUGUAGCGGCAGACAGAUAUGAUCUCCAACGGCUCAAGUUCAUCUGUGAAAAACAGCUAUCUGAGCUCAUAGGUGUCCGCUCGGUGACGUCCACCCUUGCUAUGGCUGAGCGGCACCACUGCCGCGGAUUGAAAGAGGCGUGCAUUAAGUUUAUCCUGGUCCAGUCUCCCUCAUGUUUGCAAACAAUAAUGGCGACCGAUGGCUGGGAGCAUAUAAUCGCGACCUAUCCCUCUGUUUUGAACGAGCUCAUCGCCGAGGUUAUCGAUUUGAACCAGCAGACUCUAUCACUCUUUAGUUAGAUCUGAAGUGACACUGCUAUGCAUAUGUGGGAUCCUCUAGACUAUAGAGGUCGUAGUCCAUGUCUCUUGUUUUUUUUUAUCUUGUCAUCUAUAUAAUUUGCCUGUAUGCCGAAUCAGAAAAAUCCCAACAUAUAGGCAAAUUGUCCCUUCAUGGAAUGGAUGGUCUGUAAAUUCAAAUGCCGAGUGCAAAUUGAUUUGGCAUUGCAGCAGUGUGAAACUUUAGUAGCUACUAGUUGUUUUAUCCGCAUAUA